AAUUUUGUUUAAGCUGACAUUCCACUUGUUCUUCCUAUUUGGUUAAACUUCUCGAACAAUGGGCGUGAAAUGCUUCUUCGACAUCUCCAUUGGUGGCAAGCCGGCAGGUCGCAUCGUCUUCACCCUUUUCGAUGAUGUUCCGAAAACAGUGGAGAACUUCCGUGCUCUGUGCACUGGAGAGAAGGGCUUUGGAUACAAGGGCUCCAAGUUCCACCGAAUCAUUCCUGGUUUCAUGUGUCAAGGAGGCGACUUCACAGCCGGAAACGGCACCGGUGGGAAGAGCAUAUACGGGAACAAAUUCGAAGAUGAGAACUUUAAUCACAAGCACAGCAAGCCGAUGAUGCUCUCUAUGGCUAACGCGGGCAAGAACACCAACGGCUCCCAGUUCUUCAUCACCACCGCCGUUACAAGCUGGCUUGAUGGCAAGCAUGUCGUCUUUGGUGAGGUAGAGUCCGGUGAGGAUGUCGUUAAGGAUAUGGAGGCCGUCGGUAGCACUAGUGGCAAAACUUCCCAAGAAGUACUAAUCACUGACUGCGGUCAGCUGUAAAUGGAUCGGCCGGCAGUUCACUAUCCCUUUUACUAAUUGUACUACGCUAAUCCUGUUCCCUGUUGCUUCUUUUACCGUUUGUGGUCGUAAUGUGUUCCAACAAUGAAGUCGUUGUGCGU